UUCCUUAUCACAUGUUAAGGGAAAAAGCAAGUGCACAGCUGUUUUAAAUCUGAACGAUUCCUGAAUGUUUCCUGUAGCUUUCCCCCAGGCGUGGUUCCAGGAAAACAGGUGGAGUCAGUGAGUUAUGUCAGUCUUUAAGGAUCAAGGGGAAUUAGCAUGCGUGAGUGAUGUCAUCUCCAUCACAGAGGCAGUGUCCUGCCCUGCUUUCUGCACACCCGUUCAGACCCACUGAACAGCGCUGAGGAGACUGUGGAGCACAGAAUGAACAGUCUUGAGGAAAUUCCCUUUAAGAUCCCAGCUGGGCCACUAGAAGACCCAGUGAAGGAAGUGGAGCUGAUCUCCGCCCUUGAGCUCACACUGCCUGACUAUCUGUGUCUCCUGCAGCAAACAGAGUACGAGUUCGACCUGGAGAACUGGGUCCUGACAGGGCUUCAGGGGGGGUACUCCACAGCUCCCCACAACCCCCUACCCCGCUGCGCCUCGGGGGUGUAUCCCUCCUGCCCCCCCUACUGGCAGAUGCUCAGCAGCCCCCCGGAGCACCGCUCACUCCGCCGCAGUCACAGCCUCAGCGCCUCGGACCUCCAUCCCUGGCCCUGCUCUGAGGACGAGGGGCCCUCCCUGGAGAAAGGGCGCCCCCACAGCGCUGUGGGCCCAGCCUCUGGCCCCGCCCACCUCAGGAAGACCUCCCCUUCCUGUCUCCAGGAGUUCAGGCAGUCCUCGCUGUCGGCACUGGACCCGCCUAAAGGGCGUGGUGCCGUCUACCAGGGCCAGAGGCACACCAAGAGGAGGCUCCACCCACUGUGCUACGGCACUCGAAACCACUCCUUUUCCCCACAGCCACUGUUUGAUUGCUGUCCCCAGCAGACGAGGCCCUCCUCUACCCCACCGUCUCUUGGCCACCCCUUGAUUGGCUGUGCCCCGAGUUCCCACACACCACUGUUGGACUCCCCAGUUGAGCUGCUGUCAGCCCUGAGUCAGGAGGAGCGGGAGCUGCUGGAGGCCGUCACAGAGAGGGGGUACCCCCUCCGCAACGCCAUCCUCGCCCUGCAAAGAACCGGCCCACAGAGCCCUGAGCAGAUCCUGAGCUACCUGAAGACAUGUGACCGGCUGUGUGAUCUGGGGUAUGAUGAAGCUCAGGUGGAGGAGGCCCUGGAAAUGUUCCAGAACUGCGAGACUAAGGCUGCUGAGUUCCUGCACCUUCUGACCCAGUUUAAAGAAAUGGGCUUUCAGCAGAACACCAUCAAAGAGGUUCUGCUGGUCCAUGAGAACCACAGAGAACAGGCCCUGGAGGAGCUAAUGAUGCAGGCAGUGUGACUGUGCCUGAACAGUCCCAAUCAAUUCAGUUCUAGAUUUAGUUUUGUUAAAAUGUACUGCAAAUGUACUGUAUGUUCAUUUUUCAACUGUUUUUCAACUGUUUUUCAACUUUGACUUUCCAUAUAUUUCAUGUUCCCUUGCACUUUUUUACUUAGUAAAAAUAGUACAUGCAAAUACAAACAUGCAUUGUGUUGAUGUAGAAUUUCAGUGGAGAUGCAAUGCAAUGCCUCUGAAAAAAAUAGUUUUCAUUAAAAACUUGAGUACUGCACCUGUUUCAUAUCACCUGAGGCACAAUACACCUGUUUCCUCUCACCUGCUGCCCUGGAAUAUGACCUGGUGUGUUCCUGCUCACACGACUGAUUUGUAACUGGUCCUCUAUAUGAUAUCUGCUCUGAGGAGCUCUUAACUUCAUUUUCCAGGGGCUUUCAUAUUUUUAAUAUUGAUAUAAAAUAAGGAAAACAAAGCAUCAUUUUAAAGCAUCAAAACCUUUAUGUUUACUUUGAUUUUACAGAUAAUUAAACAUCUGAAAAGCCAACUUUUUUUAACAAAGACACACUUAAAUUUGUUUCUAAUGUUUGCAUUAAUUUAAAUUAUGUAUUAUUUGCAAUAUAUAAUUUCAUAUAAUCAAGACACUCCUCAUAGACAGGGUGGUUAUUUAUUAUUUUGUUUAAGUUUCCAGCGCUCUGUGGUUUUGCUGACCUGAACUGCUCUGCCUUGUUGACUCCUGGGACUGGUCUAUAAAUGGUUCAUUCACAAUAAAAACAGGAAAAACAGA